AUGCUCGGUGGUUCUGUCACGUCAGAUCGCCUUUUGUUUCGUUUAACACCGUGUUGUGGUGCUUUUCAACUACCGCCGCUGCUGCGCCACAACGGGGAGCCAAAGUAUGAAGCGGGGGCGGAGCUCCUCGUGAAGUGGCUGGCGGGUGCAUCGCACAAAAGACACACCGUGUUUCCCAUUGAUUUGACGCAGGGUGCUCCAGACAGCGCCCCAAUGCAAGACGGCCAACUGAAGGUGCAGACAAUGCCGGUCUGCGAGGUUGCAUUCGAAACGCGGAUGCAGUACAAACCGCGACGAAAGCGGGACAAGAGUGAGGUGGUGUACAAGAAGAAGAUGAUGCAGGUGGAGGUUCUGCUGCUGCUGAGGAAGCGGCCCCAGCGUGGUGAGACGAGUGGGAGAUGUCAUGAGAGACUCCUGCAAGAUGAUGUUGAGGCGGGGAAUCGUGUGUGCUCCUUCUCUGUAGCUAAAUGCACGACAGACUUGAGAGAUUUUCUUCCGUGUGACGGCGCGCCGCAUCGUGUUCGGUUGUGCAUGCAACGCGAGGGUGAUUACCUUGACGUGACCUGUUCAGUGAAGCCGGUUAGUGGCGCGACGGCGAUGCCGACGCUGGAAAGACUCACCAGCGAGGCUUCAUCCACCGCGUCGUCGACUGCUGCGUCCGCCACCACCACCACCGGCGAUGCGGCGUCGUCGACCGCCAGCAGUUGGCUGCGCGACACAGAAGUUCUGGUGGAGUCGCUGCGGCCGGAGCCGUCACGCGAGGUGUCUCUUACGCUGCCGCUGGUGGGGGCGCAGGCGAAUAAUCGUGCGAUGGGUGACAGCAACACCAGCCAGACGUCAGCCGUGGAGGUGUGCCCGCCAGUUAUUCUCAUGGCGCCAAUGCUGAGCGCUGAACUAUCGGUAAUUCACGCAUUCUGUGAUGCGUCGGCGCAGGAGGUGGCGCAACUUCGGCAGCACGGCGAAGGCUCCGCGCUGCGGCCGCCAUUCUCACCUCUGCGGCAAGUGAUCGAGAAGGGUGUCUCGUGCGAGCAGCAGUUCGAGGAGGGCGAUCCACUAAAGCUAUUUACUGCUUUGUUUCCCUCGUCCCCGCAGCCUUCCGCGCUCAUGCCUGCGCUGCACCGCAACCGCCGUGACGUCGACUACCCCCCGGUGCACAUGUGGACUGAAGCCGAACAGGCACACCCGCACGUCGCCUACUACGCUGUGACGUUUAAUAUGCGGCUCCGCAAGGAUCAGUGCAUCCCUGCAGAGGAAUACGGCGUUGCGGUAGGCGCUGGUGACCGCGUAGUGGCGCACGUGAUGUGCGUGGCGCCGACAGCUCCUGUUGUUGGGAAAGACGCUCGUCUGGAGUUCCUCGUGGAGAUCAUGAGCGGCGGCCUCGUGCACGCCGUGGUGUUUCCAUGUGUGCCGGGUAAAUUACGGUUCCUUCUGCGUUCACUAAUUUCUUCAAAGCUGACGAAAUUAGAGGCACUGCUGCAGAAGACGCUGCGGGAGGUCGCUCAAUCCACCGGUAUUAAUACGGCUGCAGCUUCCGUUACUCGUACCCCAGCGGCAGUUUCCGAGGCGGACCUGGCGUUGCUGUUUUCCUCGUCACUCGAUCCGAACAUGUGGUGCAAGCUGCGGGAUCCGGAAAUCCUUUCACGCGCUCCUCUCGUAGUGUCCAUACUGAAGCGAUUUCAACAGGUUGAACUUCCACCACCACGCGUCUGUGAUUCACUGUUGCAGGUGCUUGAACGGGUGAUCUGCCUUCACCACAAUUGUGCUCCUGUGGUACUUCACGUGACGCUGACACUCAUGCGCAUUGCAGCUGAACGGGGAUCCGCGGCCGACCUUGCAAAGGUGUCCCCAACGCUGGCAUCGACACUCUGCCAGGUCUACGCACUGUACCCACUUGAGUCGCUAUUUGAAGUCACGACAUCACCGUCAAUGAGCGGCAGUCCAGAGACAUCCAUAGCGGAGGCGCGGGGUUUUCUCGACGCGCUGGAGGCGGGGACGGCCGCCCUGCAGGAGCAGCGGCGACGCGAAUUGUUGUGCGUCCGGGAUGUGUGGCACCUGCUGGAGAUCAGUCUCACCGACCGACAGACGGCGACAGAUGUUGUGCUGCGGAUGCGCGAUGAACGGCGGCUUCUUUCGUCGCAGCAUCACUGUCACCUGCUGAACGCAGCGCUGUCUAUGCAUAUGGACUGUGCGCCUAUUGCGCACAGCAUCCUUGGUAUUAUGCUGCACAACUAUCGCUUCAACAAAUCAUCGUUUUUUGACGAGCUGCACCCAAUAAGUGCAGACUUUGUGGCAGCCAUACGCCGUGCAAUAGUGAUUCACGGUGAGAGUUUCCUUAGGGAAAAUUCCACCACCCUUGUAGUAGACUUCGAUGCCUUUGGUGAGGCGCUUGAACAGCGCGCGUUGUCGUUGACGUUUUUUGAGAGGCACUUCCAGCCGGUGUUGGAUGAGUCGCCUCUGUUCACCUGCAGCGUCCGUCUUGUGGGUGCGGAGGCGGAUGCUGACGGCACAACAGAGGUGCCGCUGACGGUGACGAUGUCGUUCCUAUGCGUUGGGGACAGCGUGUAUCCCCUCUCGCAUGUGUAUAAGCUGCGGAUGUACAGGCGCUGGUGGUGGAUGCCGGCUCUGUGUCUCUCUCUGCGGGAGACCGGUGAUGCCACAUCACUUAGGCAGAGUGACGUUUGCCGAGAUAUUGAGGUUGUCACGUUUAGAAGGAGUGAGCUUGUCGAGGUACUGCUGCGGGCAAACAGCAAUAUCGCAGUGGACAGAUAG